UGCUUUAAGGAAUACAUUGUAUUUAGUUAAUUAAAACUUAAAGGCUAAUGUUUGAUGUUGUUGUUACAAUUUGUGUGUGUGUGUGUGUGUGUGUGUGUGUGUGUGUGUGUGUGAUGGGUAGCCUUAAAAUAAUGCAGACUUGAACACAGAAGGAAAUGUUUUUGAUUGCCUUCUUAAAAUAUUCUUCUAGGACUAGUGGGCAUUCAUCCAUUAAUAGUCAACUUGGUAUAUUUUCCAGUUCUGAAAAAAUCAAGGAUCCAAGACCACUUAAGGAUAAAGCAUUCAUUCAGCAAUGUACUCAAAAGCUCUAUGAGUUUCUUACAGAAAAUGGUUAUGUACAUAGUGUAUCCAUCAAGUCUCUACAAGCCCCAUCAACUAAAGGUUUUCUAAAGAUCUUUGCCUUUCUUUAUGGCUUCCUAUGUCCAUCAUAUGAACUGUCUGUCAAGAAAUUUGAAGAAGAAGUUCCAAGAAUUUUCAAAGACCUUGGGUAUCCCUUUGCACUGUCCAAGAACUCCAUGUACGCAGUGGGAGCCCCUCAUACCUGGCCUCACAUCGUGGCAGCCUUGGUAUGGCUGAUAGACUGCAUCAAGAUUUAUCGUGCCAUGAAAGAAAGAGCACCUCUAUUUGAUGAUGGGCAGGCUUGGGGAGAAGACAGUGAAGAUGGUAUAAAACAUAAUAAGGUACUAUAUAUUACUAUUAACAAUAUAUAA